AUGAGCGCGACGAAAGCGCAAUCGCAGAGGAUCUUCGAGAAGCUGAAAGCCAAACCAGCCAACAAGAUAUGUUUCGACUGCGGCCAAAAGAAUCCGACUUGGUCCUCCGUCCCUUUCGGCGUCUAUCUAUGUCUCGACUGCUCUUCCAACCAUAGGAAUCUUGGUGUCCACAUCUCCUUUGUUAGAUCUACAAAUUUGGAUGUUUGGCAAUGGAGUCAGCUGCGCACUAUGAAAGUUGGAGGCAAUGAGUCUGCCACGAAAUUCUUCCAAUCCCACGGGGGGAGUGCGGCUCUCGCAAGCAAGGAUGCGAAGGUCAAAUACACCUCUAAUGCUGCGAACAAAUACAAGGAAGAACUCAAGCGUAGGGCAGAGAGAGAUGCUCAAGAGUACCCAGACGAGGUGGUUAUCACUGACGACCCUCUCUCCACCCCUGGCGCCGACGGUACAUCCACGCCCGCAGGCGAACCCGCGGACGAUUUCUUCUCCUCUUGGGACAAGCCCACCAUCAAGCGGCCUAGCAAUCCGCCCUCACGAAGCGGCACCCCUCCUGUGAUUUCACGCACUGCCUCCCCCUUCCUCUCGGCCGGCAACGCUCCAAAUGGCUCGCAAACACGGCCUAAAUCUCCCUCACCUUUGGCCGCAACUGCAGGCAACGACGCCGUAAAAGACGCCGAAGCCGCUCUCCCUGCUCCCGCCGCCAUACGUACGACAUCCUCUUCCGCAAUCCGCAAAGGUCCCAAUGCUGCUGGAGGUGCAGGUGCCAGACGCACAAACGUCCUCAGCGGAAAGAAACAAGCCCACAAACUCGGCGCCAAGAAGGUCGCAGGCGAAGAAAUCGACUUUGAAGCAGCUGAGAAGGCGGCAAAGGCCGAGGCCGAGAGGAUAGAGAAACUAGGCUAUGACCCUGAAGCAGAGAAGGCAGAAGAACUCGCUAACGCCAGUAAAUCUCCCACUUUCGGAUCGUCUUCCGCUGGGACACCCAAGGAGACGCCGACACCUGUCAAUACUGCGACGAGGUCGGGUUCAAACCCGACCCACGCGCGAAGUCCGAGUGAGAUUGAGAGACUGGGAAUGGGCGUUGGUCGAUUGGGGUUUGGACAGGUCGGACCUAGCAAGGCAGCGGCAGGCUCAAGCGCAGCAGCACCGAAGAAGUUGGGGUUUGGUGCUGUCGGCCCCAGCAAGACCUCUGCGGUAGAGGACGAGGAAGAACAAUAUGCACGCAACAAAUUCGGUGGCCAAAAGUCGAUCUCAUCUGACGAAUUCUUCGGCCGCAACAACUACGACCCCAAUGCUCAAGCCGAGGCGAAAUCGCGCCUACAGACCUUCGAGGGUGCCACGUCGAUCAGCUCAAACGCGUAUUUCGGACGGCCCGAGGACGACCCCACUGGUCUCGAAGGGCAUGACGGGUACGGCGACAUCGAGACAGUGGCGAAGGACUUCAUCCGCAAACUCGGAUUGACUGCGGGUGACGACCUGGAGAAUUUGAUCAAUGUAGCGGGCGAGGGCGGAAGGAGGCUGAGAGGCGCCGUGGCGAGGUAUUUGAACAGCUGA